UUAUACAUCUUAACAUACACCGUCCAUUUUAGCUCCUGACCCAAACAUUAACAACUCAGACGUCAGUCCAUCUCAAAUCACCCAUUUGAGAUUCCUCUCCAGCACUUUCGCUCUCUAAAACACAGUUCCAUUCUUUUUUCCCCCUUUCUGUAAACUUCCAAAACCCUAGGGUUUCCACUGGAUCCGUUAAUGGCAGAGGAACCUGCAUCGCCGUCUCCGGCGGCACAAUCGCAAUCGCAGGCUGCGCCGCUCGGCUCCUCAGUGAUCCCGAUAGUGAACAAGUUGCAAGACAUAUUCGCGCAGCUUGGAAGCCAGUCGACGAUCGAGCUUCCUCAGGUAGCGGUAGUCGGGAGCCAGAGCAGCGGGAAAUCCAGCGUGCUGGAAGCUCUUGUAGGAAGGGAUUUCUUGCCUCGGGGAAAUGAUAUUUGCACCCGGAGGCCGCUGGUUUUGCAGCUGCUGCAGACUAAGAGGAAGGCUGAUGGCACGGAGGAGGAGUGGGGGGAGUUCCUGCAUCAUCCUGGAAAACGCUUCUAUGAUUUCUCCGAGAUCCGGAGAGAAAUUCAAGCUGAGACAGCUAAGGAAGCAGGAGACAACAAAGGUGUCUCAGACAAGCAGAUACGUUUGAAGAUUUUUUCACCAAAUGUUCUUGAUAUCACACUCGUUGAUCUACCUGGUAUCACAAAGGUUCCGGUGGGUGAUCAACCUUCUGAUAUUGAAGCACGAAUUAGAACUAUGAUAAUGUCAUACAUCAAGAAACCAAGCUGUCUGAUUUUAGCUGUUACACCAGCAAAUUCUGACUUAGCGAACUCUGAUGCACUUCAGAUUGCUGGAAAUGCUGAUCCUGAUGGUUAUAGAACUAUUGGAGUAAUUACAAAGUUAGAUAUUAUGGACAGAGGUACUGAUGCUCGUAAUCUGUUGCUUGGAAAAGUAAUUCCCCUCAGACUUGGUUAUGUUGGUGUUGUUAAUCGAAGUCAAGAGGAUAUUAUGCUAAAUCGGAGUAUCAAGGAUGCACUUGCAGCAGAGGAAAAGUUCUUCCGCAGUCGUCCAGUUUAUAAUGGCCUAGCUGAUCGCUGUGGCGUUCCUCAGUUGGCCAAAAAGUUGAACCAGAUUCUGGUGCAGCAUAUCAAAGCCAUACUGCCAGGGCUGAAGUCACGCAUAAGUUCUGCACUGGUUUCUGUUGCAAAGGAACAUGCAAGCUACGGGGAAAUCACUGAAUCAAAGGCUGGUCAAGGAGCUCUUCUCCUCAACAUUCUUUCAAAAUAUUCUGAGGCAUUUUCUUCAAUGGUAGAGGGAAAAAAUGAAGAAAUGUCAACUUCUGAGCUGUCUGGUGGAGCACGUAUUCACUAUAUAUUCCAAUCUAUCUUUGUGAAGAGUUUAGAGGAGGUUGAUCCGUGUGAGGACUUGACUGAUGAUGAUAUUCGAACUGCCAUUCAGAAUGCAACUGGCCCUAGAUCUGCACUAUUUGUUCCAGAAGUGCCAUUUGAAGUUCUUGUUAGAAGGCAAAUAGCUCGUUUAUUGGAUCCAAGCCUCCAGUGUGCUAGGUUCAUAUAUGAUGAAUUAAUAAAGAUUAGCCAUCGCUGUCUAGUAAAUGAACUGCAGAGAUUUCCUGUUCUGCGGAAGCGUAUGGAUGAAGUUAUUGGAAACUUUUUGCGAGAUGGCCUUGAACCAUCAGAGACAAUGAUUGGCCACAUUAUUGAAAUGGAGAUGGAUUAUAUAAACACCUCACACCCCAAUUUUAUUGGUGGGAGUAAGGCUGUGGAACUUGCACUGCAACAGGCCAAGUCUUCUAGGGCUGUUCCUCUACCAGUGAGACAAAAGGAUGGCCCAGAGACUGACAAGGCACCAGCAUCAGAGAGGACCCUCAAGUCUCGGGCAAUUCUUGCUAGACAAGUAAAUGGAGUGGUGGCUGACCAGGGAGUUCGUCCUGUGGCUGAUGUUGAAAAGAUUGCACCCCCUGGGAAUGUUUCAAGUUGGGGUAUUUCGUCAAUUUUUGGUGGUGGUGAUAACUCCCGUAUGUCUGCUAAAGAAAGCUCAACAGCAAAGUCACAUAUUGAACCUGUUCAUAGCAUGGAUGCUUUGGAACAAAGUGUUUCUUUGAUCCAUUUAAGAGAGCCUCCAACUGUGUUGAGACCCUCAGAAAGUCAUUCAGAGCAAGAGACUAUUGAAAUCGCAGUCACUAAAUUGCUAUUGAGAUCAUACUAUGACAUAGUUCGGAAGAAUGUUGAGGACUCUGUACCCAAAGCAAUUAUGCACUUUCUGGUAAACCAUACAAAGCGUGAUCUGCACAAUGUCUUCAUCAAAAAGCUUUACAGGGAAAACCUAUUUGAAGAGAUGCUGCAGGAACCUGAAGAGAUAGCCAUGAAAAGAAAGCGUACUCGAGAAACACUUAGAGUUCUUCAACAGGCUUUUAGGACAUUGGACGAAUUGCCAUUGGAAGCUGAAACAGUUGAAAGGGGAUACAGUUUGGGAUCUGAUCCAACUGGCUUGCCGAAGAUCCAUGGUUUGCCAACAUCAUCUGUGUAUUCUACUAGCAGUGGUUCCAGUGACUACACAGCUUCUCCUAGGAACCCACGGUCCCGCAAAUCAUCUCACUCUGGGGAGCUGCAACCCCAUUUAUAUUCUAAUGCAGAUUCUAAUGGAAGUGGACGGUCUUACAUGCCUGGUCUCUAUCCAACAGUAGAUUUCUAAGCCAUUUGAAUAAGCUUAUUGGUCAAGUUUUUCAGAAGCGUCCAGACAUGGUAUAUUCAUUUAAUUGUGAAGCCACUCUUCUCAGAAUGUUGAAAUUUCAACUCGCUGAUGCAGACCGGAAGAGGUGCAUCCAUUACUCCUAUAUGUCUUUUAGUUUUUCCAAAAAUAGUAUAUUCAUAAUGGCAUUCUUUGUUUAACAAGGCUUCAGCAAGAAUAACAGGGAGCCAAUAGUCCACCUUUUUUUACCCACUAGAAGCAGCAAGAGCUCUCCAUAUAGUAACUAAUCUUUGAGCAAGUUUUCUUUCUAGAUUUCUUUGUUUUACUGAGAAGGGUUUUCCCAGUUCGUGAUGGGAUUAUUUGGUUAUUUUGAUCACCAUCUAAUAUUUUGACCUUAAAAAAAUUGUGUUAUACAUAUUGUUAGCUUGGUUUACAUUCUUGAGUUUUCAAACACUUGUCAAGUAAGAAGUAUAUUUUUGUGCGAUGCUAGAGAAAUGAGUGCUCACAAUGUUGUUGAA